AAAGGAAUCAACGAUCAGCCCGCAACCAUACGAACGGCGCAGAUUAACUCACUGCCCCCAACGGCUUUAUUUUUGUCUGCACGACAUUCGUCUCCCACUCCCAUUCCCACUACUUGUCAGAGCUUCCUCGCCAAUAAUAAGCCUAAAAAUGUCUCUGAAAUAAUUAAUGUAUCUUUCUGCUCUGCAGCUCGGACAGCCAAAUUUUAGCCGCGUGUUAAAGUGGUAAUAAUGGCGGUGAUGAAAAACAUCAAAAGCUUUCAAGAAGCGCAUCGAAAAUUCGAGGCCUGCUUGGAGUGUACUAAAAAAUGCCUCAGCAUUCACUCUGAGAGGAACAACAAUAGCGGUAAUAAUGGUGAUGAUGAUGAUUUGACUACCCCUCCUUCCCAUUUUUUCAAAGUUUUGCUCGGCGAUUUCGCUAAUGUUCUGCGGAUCCCACCAGCAUUUGUGGAGCGUUUCCAAUGGCAUGGUCUUCAAAAUGCUUUUCUUAUAGGGCCGAGUGGUCAAAUUUGGAUUGUAACAGUCUGCUGCACAAGUACAGGAAUGACUUUUGAAAAAGGCUGGCAAACUUUUGUAUCUGACCAUUCAUUGGAUCUUGGAGACUUUCUUGUUUUUAAAUAUGUUGGAGAAUCAUAUUUCACAGUUAAAAUAUUUGGGAGAAGUGGCUGUGAAAAAUGGGAUGCAUUCAAUGUCAGAAAAUAUGAACCAUGCUCCAUGAAUGGUGGAAAAAAGGUGCUGCAGAAGAGUAGAGAAGGAAGUGCAGGAAUUUCUAAGGGCUUGGCAGAUAAGACUUGCAUUGUUCAUCAAAAUACGAGGAAUGGAGAUUGUGAAGUUUGCAAAUUACCCAUAAGUGCCACUUUUAUCAAGAGCAGCACUGCCCAAAUUGACAAUUCAAGAAAGAGGAAGCGAUGUACCAACUCAAAAGAUUCAGUCAGCCUUGAGGAAGAUAUAAUUAAACUGGAAACAGCUCCCUCUGUGGAUCAAGGAAAGAAAGCUGGAAAUUCUUUAGGGAAGGCUGUUAUCCUAGAUGCUGAGAGAGAAUCAGUUGAGGCAUUAACAAAAAAUAAUUUGAAGAAAUAUGUGGUUGGAGCACGAUCUUGUCAAUCUCAUGUUCCAAAUCAGGACAAUCGCUUGUGUGGUGUCAAGAAAACAAAGAUUACAUCGCUGAAAAUUCAAACGCCAAAUGAUGAAGGUAAAAAGUAUGUCAGUGCACAUUAUGUCUCUUGUAGGCGUGAAGUAACACAAGAAGAAAGGGAAAAGGCUCUUAAGGAUGCACGAUCAUUUCAGUCAGACAAACCAUUUAACUUGAUAGUCAUGAAGCAAUCACAAGUAUAUCAAGGAUUUUGGCUUAGCUUGUCAAGGGACUUCUCAAAACGUUGGCUACCAGAUCAAAGAAUUGAAAUUACUCUUUUGGGACCCUGUGGAAAGAAAUGGCCCGUGCAAUACCUUGGAGACCGUUCAAAUGCCGGGCUUAGUGGUGGGUGGAAGGGUUUUGCAGUUGAUAAUAAUCUAGAGGAGGGGGAUGUCUGUGUGUUUGAACUGGAAGAUAAGAAAAAUUUCACUUUGAGGGUACAUAUAUAUAGGGUUAUAGAAGACUGGAUACCCCCAAAGAAGGUAGAAGGGACAAAACGAAAAAAUGAGGAAUCUGAAAAAAACAGCGUGAGCUCAAGAAAAAUAAUAUAUACUGAAGAUAACGCUAGAGAGAAAAAUUCCUCCAACCCAGUCCCAAAGUUGGAUAUUAAAACUGAAUCACAUGGAGUCAAAGCACACCACGGGUCACCGGCAGUCACAAGAGAUGCAAUUUUGAAAGUGCCUAAAGUGGAAAUGUAAAAUGGGGCAUACCUUGAAAUUCUUAGUUUUGCAAGAUCUUACAAUGACGUAUCCUAAGUUUUAGUUAAAAUACAGACGGUAUUCUGCUUAAAAGUUUUGCUCUGGAAGUUCAGAUAUGGCUGAAUCUACUGCUGCAAUUUUGUACACUAAUGUUUUGUUGAACAGAAAUCAUCAUAGAUUAUCCCGUGGAACAAGAGUUACACAAUCUAGCAACAGGUUUACGAGGAAUCUCUCUUCUUAAGAAACCGGAAAGGGUAACAUUUGAGCUUGUGCCUCAAGAAGUAAAGAUGUCUUAUAUAGAUGUGCCAUGUUCAUAAGAUUUUCGUAUUAUAAACGUUCCUUUCCAAAAAUUGAGUGGGUACUGAAGUUAACAUCCCAUUUUGGUAUGUUCCAUUCAUUAAUAUCUAGAAGGUCAUACAAGAUAUGGCUCAUAAUUCGGUGAGAAAUUCGUCAUUUUGAAUGAUUCGGUGAGGAAUUCGUCAGCGCAGCUCAUUUGUAUUGUGAUUUUUAAAAAAUGUUUCCACUGCUUUUAUACGACAUUUGAUAACAAUUAAAAGUCACAUCUAUUGCCAUGAAAUUUUCUUGGUCUAAAUGAUCUGUUAAAUUGUUAGCUACCUCUGGGUGCAAAGAGACUUAUUUUACCUUUAAAGUGGUCCACAGGGAAGAAUAUAAUAACCAGGAAAUCUUAGCUUCUCUGCAGUAUAUUAUUCAGGAUGCUCUCUCCAUUAAUCCUCAGCAUGCUGCAAGCCUUAGCUUCGCUAAAUAUUCUUCAGAUUUGCAUUUUUGAUGGCUUGGGCAUUACACAAUUCGCUCGUCUUUAAAUCAGGAAAAUCGGCUAGUUUUAAAUGGGUUGGCUCGAUAUUUUCAUUUACGCCGGGGAGGCGUCGACUGCCACGUGUAGAAAAGAUAUUUACACUAUUCAUUAUGUUUGAGAAAUAUUCAUUAUGUUUGAGAAAUAAAAAUAAAAAUUUAUUAUUUA